AUGCUCAUCUCUGGCAGAUACUACAGUCGAUCUUCAGCCCAGUUGGCUGGGAUGAUCAAUGCAACAGAUGGGCGGCCAGCAUAUAUCGGCUCUGAUUUCACCAGCCUGAUCGCAUCAACACAGGCCGCCGGCCGGCCUAGCGUGAGAAUAUCAACCAAAAAGUCUUGGACUCAUGGCCUCUUCAUCGGCGAUUUCAAGCACUCGCCAGCUGGAGUCUGCGGUACUUGGCCUGCUUUCUGGACUUUGGGACCAAAUUGGCCGUACAAUGGAGAAAUUGACAUCAUGGAGGGAGUCAAUCUUGUGAAUCAUAACGGCAUGACCUUGCAUACCACCCCCAACUGUACCAUCGCUGGUGACCGGAGAUUGAUGACAGGCCAGCUUCAGACAACCAAUUGUGCAUACUAUCCAGGCUAUAAUGUUGGGUGUGGCGUUAGCGACAACCGGCCUUCCAGUUUCGGGACAGAAUUCAACGCCAUGGGUGGCGGCGUAUACGCAAUGCAAUGGACAUCUGAAUACAUCAGAAUCUGGUUCUUUCCCAGGGGGCAGAUACCAAGUGACAUCGUUAACAAUAGCCCCAACCCAAACCCUUCCAACUGGGGUCUACCACAAGCUCAUAUGCAAGGUGCUUGCGUGAUUGAUGACCACUUCCAAUCUCACAAGAUCAUCCUCAACAAUGCGUUUUGUGGCGAAUAUGCAGGGGCUGCCAGUGUGUGGAACUCAACUACAAACUCUUGCGCUACUGCCACCGGCUUCUCGACAUGCUCAGCAUAUGUUGCGGGAGUUCCAGGUGCUUUCCAAGCAUCCUACUGGGAGGUGAACUCUAUCCGAGUGUAUCAACUCGUGGAUACGAAUUCUCCUUCCAAUUCAACGCCCUAUGUCGCAAGCCAGCAACCCACACAAGCAACCCAGAUAUCGAACAACGGGCCCGCCCCGACCCCGACUGCCUCACUUUGCCCGACAUAUAACUUUACCGUCGUACAGUCUGGCGCCCUCAAAUAUGAGAUCGAGUGUGGUGUGAAUCCUUCUGGUUCUGACCUACCCAGGCCAUAUUCGGGAUUCGUGGUCAACUCAUUCGAGGACUGUGUCGCGGGAUGUAGUUAUUAUAAUAAUAACAUCACCUCCAACAUCUGCGGCGGCGUUGCGUAUCAAAUCAGCAACAAAGCUUGCUAUUGGAAACGAAGUGUGGGAAACACACCUGCAAAUCCAGCUUUUAACGGUGCUCGAUUGAUAUACUACGCAUAUCCUCAGGUCACGGACAACCCGAACAGUCAAACAUCAAGCAGCACCUCCACCCCCUUCGUCUCUACCAGGGUCACUCCACAAACAUAUGCCAACCCAACGGUAUCAACAUCUACUUCUCUUUCGCUCAUCUCAGAGACACCAGUCGGAUCAUUUACUGAUGGUGUAGGUAAAGGCGAGACGACAACCUCCGAUCCUGGUCCCCCAAUGACCACCAUCGUAAUUCCUCCCACGACCAUGUCCACCACAUCGACAACGCUGACUUCCACAAUGCGGUCAUCGUUAUCAAGCCCUUCUCCGCCCUCAACUACACUCCGGGCGACCUCUUCCUCAAUGAGUGCCUCCAUCGCAUCAAGCGCUGCUAACCCUAGUACAACAAGCAGUAGAUCUUCGGCCCCCACAAGUGCGACAUCAACAGCUCCAUCGACAACGAGCCAUGCUACGGCUGUAAUUACGCCAUCGCUUUCCAACACUUUCUUUCCAAGUUCUAACACCCCAUAUGUCUUCCCAACUUCACCAGUUCCCACGAGCACCUUGAUUGUGGUGUCUAGCUCAACACUAUCACCGCCAACAACUAGACCCCAGUCUUCGUUUAGCUCUUCACCGACAGCGUUGUCAACACAAGCACCUGUGACAAGUACCAGCUCUUUACCGCCACCGCCUUCCAGCCGAGGGCCCUCUACAGCAGUAGCUUCCACUACACAUCCACCCUCAUCAUCUCUUGUGGUUCCGUCAAUUUCAACAACGAAUAUAGACGCGACGAGUACAGCAAUCAGCAUCAUUUCCAGAUCGACAAGCAACAAAGUCUCGUCUGUCGCACUAACUACAUCGGAACCUGUAAUUCUAUCACCACCUGGGUCGACUCAAGUGCCUCUAGGCUCCAGUACGGCGUCUUCGAUCGGCCCAGCGUCAAGCAGUCUCUCAACACUCGCUCCAACAACCUCUCAAAUCCGACCUCGAUCCUCAACCACAACAGCUGUAGUGACACAGAGCAGCAGCCUUGAACCACACUCUAGUACCCUCGAACCCCCGCUGUCAACUGUUCCUAUCAGUCCCUCGAGCUUGACAACGACGGGAAAUGGGAGUCCGACUCCUACCCCCACUCUACCAGGUCCUGCGGUGGUAGAUGAUUUCCGCUAUGCAGGAUGUCUGGGUCCACGUCCAAAUUCAGCAUUCGGGAAUUCGUUUGUGAUCAACGAGAUUUCCUUGUCAAUGUCUAUCAACGAAUGUGUCGACUUAUGCGGUUCUCGUGGAAAUUAUUAUGCAGCCAUUUAUGCCACGCAAUGCUAUUGUUCAUCGUACAACGCAACCAUUCCCAACCCGGAGGUUGAUUAUAUCAGAUACCCAGAUUCUGCAUGCAACACACCAUGUCCGGGCAAUCCAUCUCAGAAAUGUGGCGGCAUCGCUAUUAUUUCAUCAACCCAACCCUCCAUAUCAUUGGCGCUACUGCGAGAGAAAAGGCGGUUUGCCACCGAGAAUGAGGGAGAGUUUAUUCUAGUCACAGUCUACAAUAGCACGGCAGUCGAUCUCGAGCCUGGACUUUCCAGCUCCAGCUCGACUCGAGCAGCAACAGUCAUGGGUACUUCAAGCGGCUCAUUGACGAACGGAGCAGGAAUCGGAUCACCCUCAAGUUCAGUUGUCCUAGGAUCCUCUUCUCCUAGCACUUCAAGCACAAGCUUAUCGGCAACGAUCUCGACAUCAGUAUCUCUAGUGAUCAAUCCCAAUCUCGGCAGCACAGCGAGCACCAUGGCAACCGCCGAUUCUCAGUCACCAUCCUCUACAUUGGCUCUGAUGACAACCUUGACCAUUUCACCUGCCGGAACCAUCUCUUCGACAAUACUACGGCCCACCGUGAUAUCGACAACCUGGAUAACGAUUUGCCCCAUUCACCCUUCAAUCUGUCCGACACCGACACCCACAUGUCUCACCACGACCAUCACAGCUCUUCACUGCGGAUGCACUAAUCUCCCAGAGCCGAGCGUCCCCAUGACAACGACUGUCGUGCCAUGUGGAAGGGCAUGUCAGCCUGGCUCGAAUGGAUGGGACUCACCACGAGUUGAGAGCCACGACAAUGGCAACUGGAACGACUGGCACGAUGUUGCUAGCGCGGACGACCAAGAAACACUCACGACACUCACGAUCCCAUGCACAGACGACAUUCAAGCAUUGCAAACGAGCGUGGAAGCGUGGUACCAGGCUCGUGCCAGCUCAGGGUCAGGGUCAGGCCCACCAGGAGCGGAUCAGAUUCACCAAGCACAACCCUACACUUUCCCCGUCUCGUUCCCCUUGUCUGGGGCAGCAGGCGCGGCACCCACGACGGCAACAUUGACACUCGCACUGACGAAUGGUUCCUCCCUUUCUUGGAACAGUUCAGAUGGCAGUGAUGGCUCCAGUGGCACGUGGACUGCCGCCGCUGUCACACCGUCCUCCUCUGCCGCAGUGACCUCGAGCGUCCCAAUGGGAUCUGCUGCGUCGCUUCGCCUCCCUCGAAUACUAGAUAGCCCGGUAUGCAGCAUUGCCAUUUUCCUUUAUCUGGCUGUCGUGGUCAUCUACUUCGCUUGA